AUGAAAUUUCACUACUUUUAGAUUGAGAAAUAUAUGUAGACAUCUAGAAGUAGUUGAGCAAAGGAAAUUGUGGUACUGUUUAAUUGGGAUUUUAUGUCAAAAGGAACUGCGGAUUAACAAGUAUUUUAGCCAUUAAAGAAAUACCUGUAAAAGCAUCUCCAGAACUAAUAGUGUCAUUAUUACAAGAAAUCAAUGUGUUAAGAAAAACAAAUCACUUAAACAUUUUAGGGUUUAUUGAUGCAAAAAAGAAGGAAGAGUUUAUGUAUUUAGUACAGAAUACUGUAAUCAAGGAGCUUUGGAUGAUUUUAUCUUGUAUCAUAAGCUCUCGGAAGAAGAUGUGGUUGUGUUCUUUAGAUUAAUAGCUUCAGCAUUCAAAAAUUUAGUUAGCAAAAAGAUUAUUCAUAGAGACAUAAAACCCUAAAUCUUAUUGUUACAUAAUUGAUAAGUUAAAGUUGCAGAUUUUUGAUUAGCUAAAGUGAUGGAUCAAUCUAAUUAGAGCCGAAAAUUUCAGAUUUUUAGUGGUACAUCAGUUUUCAUGUCUCCAUUAAUAAUAAAAUAAGAAUCCUUUAAUAGUUUAAGUGAUAUGUGGUCUUUGGGAGUUACAUUCUAUUUUAUGUUAUUUAGAGAGUAUAAAUGUGAAAAAGUCAAACCCUUAAAAUUAUAAAAGAAAAAAUUCAAAAAAACAGUAUAUCAUACAUAUAUCUUUAGUUGACAAUGUCAUUCCUGAAGGGAGUAUAGUAUAAGAUGAGUUGGUGA